AUGGCUUUAGCUUAUGCCAGUGCCAUGUUUCCUCCCUCGAGCCCUUCACAUAAAACUUGGGAGGACCCAUCAUUCUUCAAGUGGAGAAAGCGUGAGGCGCAUGUGCCUUUGCGCUCACAGGACACGCUGGAAGUUCCCUCAAAUUGGCAAAUGCAUGGGUUUGACCGUCCAAUCUACGCAAAUAUGACUUAUCCUUUCCCACUGAACCCACCAUUUGUGCCGGCUGAUAAUCCCACGGGUUGUUACAGGACAGUUUUUCACAUCCCAAAAGAGUGGAAAGGUCGGAGGAUCUUGCUGCACUUUGAAGCUGUUGAUUCUGCAUUUUUUGCUUGGGUAAAUGGAGUACCAAUUGGGUAUAGAUCAGGAUCACUGGAGGCUGUCUGGUAUUCACAGGGAUGUGCUCCUACUAUCAAAGCCACAGAUUACUUCUUCAAAGCAACCUUGGAUGAUAAUUUCAGUUUAGCUGAUAUUGAGGUAGAGGUGGAGAUUGACUCACACAAGCAUGACCGGGAGCAUGUCCCAACUUUGUCUAUUGAAGCAACACUCUUUGAUAACUCUGGACUAUCUAACAGUAUAGAUGCUGAUCUUUCAUAUGCUAAUGCAGUCAAUUUGAAACCGAAGCCAAAACCAACUCGAAGCCCUUGUCGUGGUUUUCAUGGUUAUGUUCUUGGUGGAAAAAUAGAAAAUCCAAAACUUUGGUCUAGUGAGCAUCCCAACUUAUACACGCUUGUUGUUCUCCUUAAAGAUGCCAAUGGGAAGCUUAUUGACUGUGAGUCAUGCCAAGUGGGCAUUCGUAAUGUGGUCCUGGCACACAAGCAAAUGCUUGUCAAUGGAUGUCCUGUUAUACUAAGAGGUGUCAACAGACAUGAGCACCAUCCACGCCUUGGAAAGACAAAUUUAGAAGCAUUCAUGAUUGAGGAUGUGAUUUUGAUGAAGCAAAACAAUAUCAAUGCUGUUAGAAAUAGCCACUACCCACAGCACCCGAGGUGGUAUGAGUUAUGUGACAUCUUUGGUCUUUAUGUCAUAGAUGAAGCCAACAUUGAGACACAUGGUUUUGAUGAUUCUAGCACUUUCAAGCAUCCUACACUAGAACCUAUCUGGGCAAAUGCAAUGCUUGAUCGUGUUGUUAGCAUGGUGGAGAGAGAUAAGAAUCAUGCAUGCAUUAUUGUUUGGUCCCUAGGAAAUGUAUCUUCAUAUGGACCUAAUCAUGCUUCCAUGUCUGGGUGGAUUCGUGAAAGGGAUCCAACAAGACUCCUCCAUUAUGAGGGAGGUGGUUCCAGAACAUCAUCCACAGAUAUUGUGUGCCCCAUGUAUAUGCGUGUCUGGGAUAUUGUUAAGAUAGCAAAAGAUCCAUCUGAAACAAGGCCUCUAAUUCUUUGCGAAUAUUCACAUGCUAUGAGAAACAGUAAUGGGAAUAUUGAUGUCUAUUGGAUGGCCAUAGACAACACUUUUGGACUCCAAGGAGGUCUUAUAUGGGACUGGGUUGAUGAGGGUUUACUGAAGGAGGACUCAGAUGGAUCUAAAUUUUGGGCAUAUGGUGGUGACUUUGGAGAUACUCCAAAUGACUCUAAUUUUUGCCUCAAUGGCAUUGUGUGGCCUGAUCGGACUAUUCACCCAGCUGUUCAUGAAGUUAAAUACCUUCACCAGCCUAUCAAAAUAUCAUCAGCAGAAAACAUGGUUAAGAUUGAAAAUGGACACUUUUUUGAGACAACAGAAGCUUUGGACUUCAGUUGGGUUCUUCAUGGAGAUGGUUGCAUCUUGGGCUCUGGUCCUUUGAAUGUUCCAACUUUGGCACCGCAAACUAGUCAGCUCAUCAACAUGGAAUCAUCACCAUGGUUUGCCCUUUGGAGUGCUUGUGCAGCAAAAGAAGUAUUUUUGUCUGUAAAUGUGAAACAGAGGCAUGAAACACGAUGGGCUAAAGCCGGUCAUCUCUUGGCUUCAGCACAACUGUGUUUGCCUCAGAAAAAUGUCUUUGUCCCCAACGUUAUAGCAUUCUCCAGUAGCCCUUUGGUCUGUGAACGCAUUGGUGAUAGUGUAACCAUCUGCAAGGCCAAGGAAAAUUAA